AUGGAGCCGUCUGACUCAGCACACCCGCGCCCCAGCCAGGCAGUGGUCCAGCCCUCCCAGCCCCCCACGCGGCUCCUGGUGUCUCACGGCCACGGUGACCUGGGCUCACUCCCUGCCAUGGAGGCCAAAGACCAGGAGCAGGUCCAGGAGCAGCUCCAGGAGCAGCUCCAGGAGCGGGCGCGCUUCGUCUAUGUCUCCCGCUUCGGCUCCUACCAGUGUGGAGGUGUCUUGCAGCUGGGCGGCCGCAGGGCUCAAAGACGUCGUCCCCCGGAGCUGGCGGCCCAGUCCCGCGAGGAGGAGCAGCUAAGACCAGAAGCGGCCCCGGGGCAGGCGGCCAAGGCCUGCACCACAGCCCGGUGGCAGGCGUUGCGUGUGCGGAGCCCUGGCAGGCGGACGGCGCGGGCAGGAGGCUCAGCAGGUUUCAACCAGAAGGGUGCAGGUGAAGAAUUUGAUUUUCCCAUACCAUUGAACGAAGCUGCCAAAAUCACAAAGAAGAAGAAAAAGGUGUCAGUAUGGAAUAGUGUAUACAAAGUUAUUUCUGAAUUGCUCGAAGAGAAUGAAAGAUACAGGCUCAGGCUGAAAUGUCAAAAAGCAUCCAGUGAAAGUAAGUUAACACAGUUUUUGUUGUACUGAAGGAGGCUGGCUUCCAUAGCAGUUCAGUUACCUUUGGAUCACGGUAGACCACAGUCAAUGUGCUUUGCUCCUGUGAUUUGAAUACCAGUUUGGAUGUUGAAUGCAACUGUUCGGGUGCAUGUGUUAACCCAUGUGGUCAAUGCUACCUAAACUCUUAUGUUAAUUGUCUGAGUUGAUAGAAAC